AUGUGUUUAAGGUCCUGCAGCUCCAGCGAGAGGAGGAACUCCUACAGCAGGAGCCUCCUUUUAAACAGAGCAACUCCAAGCAGUGUGACGCCCCGUUUGCUGCUGGUAGACCUUUUAUCUUCCUGUUCGCCCGCCCUCACCCCUCGCGGCCCCCKGCCAUGCCCACACUGCCUGAGGAAGAGGAGGACUCUCCUGAGGAUAUGGACAGCUCCUCCAGCUCUCCCAGUACAUCCAUACCAGCAGGUGAAAGCCAGGCUGCCAUAAUGACCACCCCCACCAUCAUUUACCCACAGCAGGCUGUUAUCAUCCAUCAAGAGGGGCGCCCUCUGGAUCAAAACAGACCACACAGCCCCAGAGCCCGCCAGGCCAGAAACUCCACCGGAGGACCCAUCACUACAGUCGACAGCACCGGGAACGUGAUUGACCUGCUGAAAGACCAGCUGCCAGAGCUUCAGCUCUCUGAAGAGGAUCGACAGAAGAACCUGGAGCUGCUGGAUCAGGCAAAGAAGGCCAGCGACCGUUUCCUCACCCGCCGCGGACGCCGUUCCACCAGCAGCCUCAACGACUCACCCACAGGUCUGUCUCCAACUCCAACACCCUCAUCCUCACCGUGUUCAUCAAGAAGCAGCUCUUUAAUCGCGGCCCCUCAAACUGGAACCUCAGAAGCAGCUCAUAUCAGCUCACAGUCACUUAGUCAGCAUCUGGAGGUGCCUGCAGUGAAGAAGCAGCCUGAUUUAACCACCCAGGAGCAGGAGGAUGAGGUGUUGGUGGACUGGAAGCCCAUCGAAAAAAGAAAAGUGUCCUCUGGAAAACUCACACCCAGGUUUGCUGUUCAGAAGGAAAGCAGUGAUCUUGCUGGAUCUAAGGGUCCGCAGACCGCCAAUAAAGCAGAUGAGGUUUCAGGUCGGAACCAAAACCUGGCCCCAGCCACAGGGGUGGCCAAGCCUGUCCCUAGACCUCCCACUCAGCAGGCCCCCUGCACAGCAGAGAUCAAAACCAUCGGGGCCUUUCCUCCACUGAUGAGAGCUGUUUCAUGGGACGCUGUCAGCAGCCUUAAUUCAAGAACUGGAGGUCAGAGUUUCCCACCUCCAGUCGAGGAAACGUUUUCAGAAAAAACAAGAGAAGGUGUGUUCAAGUCCCAGGGGUACAAGGACUUCCCCUCCCCACCAGGGAGUAAACUGUCUAAAAUUAGAGAGGAGCACAAGUUGAUAAGAAACCAAUGUAUAGGCGGAUCCAAGCUGCCAGACUUGAGCGAAGCUGCUGAACAGGAAAAAGGAUCUUCACCAUCUUCAUCAUCAAUAACUGCAGAGGAGAUGAAAGAGAAGUCUGAUGCUUUGCCAAAUAUUUCUGACGUAAUGCUCCGGAAACUCAAACUUCACCGGGGUUUACCAGGCUGUGCACCUUCACUUACUGAAAAAGAAGUUGAGAAUGCGUUUAUCCAGCUGUCACUAGCGUUUCGUAACGACAACUACACUCUGGAGACGAGACUCAAACAAGCAGAGAGGGAGAGGAACCUGACUGAAGAAGACACCGAGAAGGAACUGGAGGAGUUCAAAGGAUCACUGAAGAUGACAGCACCGCAGUGGCAGAACCUGGAGCAGCGUGAAGCCUACCAGCGCCUCAUCGAGACGGUGGCGGUGCUGUACCGACUCACCACUCGGCUCUCCAGCAGAGCGGAGAUCGURGGAUCAGUUCGACAGGAGAAACGUAUGAACAAAGCCACUGAGGUCAUGAUGCAAUAUGUGGAAAAUCUGAAGAGGACGUACGAGAAGGACCACGCAGAGCUGAUGGAGUUUAAGAAACUGGCCAACCAGAACUCAAAUCGCUGUUAUGGCGCCUCUGGAGAACCUGGAGAUGAUGGGGUUCCACGGUCAUCAAGAUCAAUGUCCAUCACCCUUGGAAAAGCUUUGCCCAGGCGAAGGGUGAGCGUAGCCGUGGUGCCCAAGUUUAACCUCCUCAACAUCCCGGGUCAGAGCCCAAACGCUGCCGGUCCAGGCUCAGCAGCAGGAUCCGCAGCAGGUCCUGCUCUUCCUGUCCUGUGUGAAGCAAAUGAUGUGAAAAGCAGCUCGUCCUCGGAAGCAGCACAACCACCAGCUGAGUGUGGAAAGAGUGUGCCGGAGCAGGAAAGCGAACAAGCCAAACCUUCAGUAAACUUGGAGGAAAUCAGAGCCGAGAUCAAGGCAAAGAUCGAAGAGGAAGCUUACAAUAAAGGCUACCAAGAUGGACUAAAGCAAAGCAAAGCACUUCUUGAGGAGAAAAGUGAGGAUGAGAGCGAUGCAGAGAAACUGCUGGAACUGAAACAUAAGGAUGAAGAAAGUGGAAUAAGGUAUAAAAGCAGCAGGAGGAUUUCAGAGAUCCUGGCUCUUCUCAAUCAGAUCUGCCCCAAGAUCUCAGUGACUCGGCGUCUUCUUUGGAUCUUCCUGAUGCUGUUUGUGGUGAUGUGUGUGGUUAUCAGUAUUUUCACCUUCUUCAGUGACUACUACAACCGGCGUGACGACACGUAAGAUACCUGAGACUUUUUAUCAACCUUGGCAGAGAUCCUUGGACUAAACGAACAACCAAAGAACAUCACAACAAAGGAGCUAAAACCACCGAUCUUUGUCUCGUUGCCGUAAAAAUCACACCCGGACUCACUUGAAUGGGAUGAACCUGAAGCCCGAGGGUUCAGAMGUGUUUUUGGGAGGUUACAUGGAUGAUACUGCUUUAAUGGUCAAUGGGAUUAAGUUAUAAUUUUAUUAUGAAAGAAACAAUGACUGUUUAUUGCAGCGAAUAAGAAAGUUUAGGUUUAGGGACCAAUGAUAUAGUGUAAUUAAACAUAUAUUUAAUCAAUCUAGUUGCAUUUGUAACAAUACAUUCUGUUACUUUGAAGGAUGAUUGUGAUACUUUUAUUUAAAUACCACAGAAAAACUGUAUAUUUGUUGAGAUACGUAACCUGUUUAAGAUAAUAUUACAAAACAAAACCCUCAAAAGGUUUUAAAAUCCUAUUUAAAAGAUUGUUUUGGUACAUUUAUUGCUAUAAAGUAUUUUUAAAUUUUAGACAAAAGCACAAAAAGUAGUUUCUUAAGUGCAAUAUUUUGCAGUUGAUGGUUUGUGUUUGUUAUUUUGGACUCGGCGCACGGGCAGAUUGAUUUUUUUUUUUAUGAGCACUUUUUAAAUGAUUUGAGGCAAAUGUUUUGUCAUCAAAUCCUAUUUGAGUGCCUGUUUUAAUUGCUGUUCGGAUGUAAUGCUUGUUUCACUUCACCUUUAAAUGAAAGGUGCUUGAGGAUAUUCUGCAGGUUAUAGAUUUAUUAAACUUAAAUCAAGUUUAAUCAAAUAUUAUUAGUAGUACAACUCUCCUCAAAUCAUAGUUAAAGAAAUGCAAUUAUUUCAGCCUUUAAGGAAAGUUGUUUGGAUUCACAUUAAAAAUAAUGAUUUGAUGGAUA